AGGUACCUAUUACACCAUUCUUUGGUGAAGACUACUCAGCAGUGGUGACCUCUUCCAAUCAAACACUCUACAAAUUAUUAUUUGGGGACGUCCAGCAGACACCCUGCCGGAGGCAAGCACUACUAAGCCAACUGGAACUGGGCCUUUUCUCUUGUCAAGGUUUUUUUCUUACACAGGAAAACGAAAGAAAGAAAACAAAAGAUGAAGUUGGGCAGAGUGGAGUUCUGCCGUUUUCUGCAGCUUGUAGCUCUUUUCCUGUGCUUUUCUGGGAUGGGCCACGCAGAGCUCUCGAAGUCCAGCUCCAAGCCUUAUUUCCAGUCAGGGAGGUUGCGGACCAAGCGCAGCUGGGUGUGGAAUCAGUUCUUUGUGCUGGAGGAGUACAUGGGUUCCGACCCCCUCUAUGUAGGAAAGCUUCACUCUGAUGUUGAUAAAGGAGAUGGUUCCAUCAAAUACAUCUUGUCAGGCGAAGGGGCGAGUUCCAUUUUCAUUAUUGAUGAGAACACGGGGGACAUUCAUGCCACCAAGAGGCUGGACCGGGAGGAGCAGGCCUACUACACGCUGAGAGCGCAGGCCCUGGACAGGCUCACCAACAAGCCCGUGGAGCCGGAAUCGGAGUUUGUCAUCAAGAUCCAGGACAUCAAUGACAAUGAGCCCAAGUUUCUCGAUGGGCCCUACACUGCAGGGGUUCCGGAAAUGUCUCCUGUGGGGACCUCCGUGGUACAAGUCACCGCAACGGAUGCUGAUGAUCCCACCUACGGUAACAGUGCCCGAGUGGUCUACAGCAUUUUACAAGGACAGCCGUACUUUUCAGUGGAACCAAAGACAGGAGUCAUCAAGACUGCCCUUCCCAACAUGGACAGAGAGGCUAAAGACCAGUAUUUGCUUGUUAUUCAGGCAAAAGAUAUGGUUGGUCAAAAUGGAGGACUGUCAGGCACUACGUCCGUCACUGUGACCCUCACUGAUGUCAACGACAACCCACCUCGUUUUCCACGAAGGUCCUACCAAUACAACGUCCCAGAAUCAUUGCCUGUGGCUUCAGUGGUAGCCAGAAUCAAAGCUGCUGAUGCAGACAUAGGCGCUAAUGCAGAGAUGGAGUACAAAAUUGUGGAUGGUGAUGGAUUAGGGAUUUUCAAGAUUGCCGUUGACAAAGAUACACAAGAAGGAAUCAUUACUAUACAGAAGGAACUGGACUUUGAAACCAAAACAAGUUACACACUCCGGAUCGAAGCUGCAAAUAAAGAUGCUGACCCUCGCUUCCUGAGUCUGGGGCCGUUCAGUGACACGACAACUGUGAAGAUAAUUGUGGAGGAUGUGGAUGAGCCCCCCGUGUUUUCCUCCCCCCUGUACCCCAUGGAAGUGUCAGAAGCCACCCAGGUUGGGAAUAUCAUCGGCACUGUGACGGCUCACGACCCAGAUUCCUCCAACAGCCCUGUGAGGUAUUCAAUUGACAGAAACACAGACUUGGAGAGAUAUUUUAAUAUCGACGCCAACAGCGGAGUUAUUACAACUGCCAAAUCUCUGGAUCGAGAGACCAGUGCUGUUCAUAACAUCACAGUCCUCGCGAUGGAGAGCCAGAACCCAUCUCAAGUAGGGAGAGGCUAUGUGGCCAUCACCAUACUCGACAUCAAUGACAAUGCCCCUGAGUUUGCCAUGGAUUAUGAGACCACCGUGUGUGAAAAUGCCCAGCCAGGCCAGGUUAUCCAGAAAAUCAGUGCGGUGGAUAGAGAUGAGCCGUCCAAUGGACACCAGUUCUACUUCAGCUUAACGACUGAUGCAACAAACAACCACAACUUUUCACUGAAAGAUAACAAAGACAACACAGCCUCGGUACUUACCCGGAGAAAUGGCUUCCGGAGACAGGAGCAAUCCGUUUACUACCUGCCGAUCUUCAUCGUGGACAGUGGCUCACCUUCCCUUAGCAGCACCAACACCCUCACCAUCCGGGUGUGUGACUGUGAUGCGGAUGGCAUCGCCCAGACGUGCAAUGCAGAGGCCUAUGUCCUGCCCGCUGGCCUUAGCACCGGAGCCCUGCUUGCCAUCCUGGCCUGUGUCUUGACAUUACUGGUGUUGAUUCUCCUCAUUGUCACUAUGAGAAGACGGAAAAAAGAGCCCCUCAUUUUCGACGAGGAGAGGGACAUCAGAGAAAACAUCGUCCGAUACGACGACGAGGGCGGCGGGGAGGAAGACACGGAAGCGUUUGACAUGGCCGCCCUGAGAAACCUCAACGUCAUCCGGGACACCAAGACCCGCAGAGACGUGACUCCGGAAAUUCAGUUCCUGAGCCGACCCACGUUGAAGAGCAUCCCGGAUAACGUCAUCUUCCGGGAGUUUAUUUGGGAGAGACUGAAAGAAGCCGACGUGGAUCCCGGAGCGCCCCCGUAUGACUCUUUGCAGACAUAUGCCUUUGAAGGAAAUGGCUCGGUGGCCGAGUCCCUCAGCUCUUUGGAUUCCAUCAGCUCAAACUCUGAUCAGAAUUACGAUUACCUCAGUGACUGGGGGCCUCGCUUCAAACGGCUGGCCGACAUGUAUGGAACUGGCCAGGAGAGUUUGUACUCAUAGCCUUGGAACCUGCCUUUGAUGUACUGAUGGCAAAGUACAAGUAAAAGC